UUUCGCUCCGCCCCGACGCCGCCCCGCCCCUCGCGCACGCGCACGCGCACUGCCAGCCCCGCGCUGUCUCGUCGAGCUCGGCCCGGCUCCCGCCCAGGCGGCGGCCGACGAGACGCCCGAGCGCCCGGAGGUCUGUUCACCGACGCUCCGGCAGGUGCUGUGUCCACACUACCUCUGAGGUUGGUCCGGUCGCCUAGAAGGCAGACAGGUUUCGAUUCCCAGACAGCUCUUCCACUGUGAGCCUUCCACUCGGAGCUGUGGACUCCUCCAUCAGCGUCUCCCUGUCUCCCUGCCCGUGGACUUGAGAGCCAUGGCAACGGAGGAGAAGAAGCCAGAGACCGAGGCCGCCAGAGCACAGCCCACGCCUUCCUCCUCAGCCACGCAGAGCAAGCCUACACCUGUUAAACCAAACUAUGCUCUAAAAUUCACCCUGGCCGGCCACACGAAAGCUGUGUCCUCCGUGAAAUUCAGCCCGAACGGGGAGUGGCUGGCAAGUUCGUCUGCAGAUAAACUCAUUAAAAUUUGGGGAGCAUAUGACGGAAAAUUUGAGAAAACCAUAUCUGGUCACAAGCUGGGAAUAUCAGAUGUGGCCUGGUCGUCUGAUUCUAACCUCCUUGUUUCUGCCUCAGAUGAUAAAACCCUAAAGAUUUGGGAUGUGAGCUCGGGAAAGUGUCUGAAAACCCUGAAGGGCCACAGUAAUUACGUCUUCUGCUGUAACUUCAACCCCCAGUCCAACCUCAUCGUCUCAGGCUCGUUUGAUGAAAGUGUGAGGAUAUGGGACGUGAAGACGGGGAAGUGCCUCAAGACGCUACCUGCGCACUCGGAUCCAGUCUCAGCUGUUCAUUUUAAUCGUGAUGGAUCCUUGAUAGUUUCAAGUAGCUACGAUGGUCUCUGUCGCAUCUGGGACACGGCCUCGGGCCAGUGCUUGAAGACGCUCAUCGAUGACGACAACCCUCCCGUGUCCUUUGUGAAGUUCUCUCCGAAUGGCAAGUACAUCCUGGCCGCCACCUUGGACAACACGCUGAAGCUCUGGGACUACAGCAAGGGGAAGUGCCUGAAGACGUACACCGGCCACAAGAAUGAGAAGUACUGCAUAUUCGCUAACUUCUCCGUCACUGGGGGGAAGUGGAUCGUGUCUGGCUCGGAAGACAACCUGGUGUACAUCUGGAACCUUCAGACAAAGGAGAUUGUACAGAAGCUGCAGGGCCACACAGAUGUCGUGAUCUCGACGGCGUGCCACCCGACAGAGAACAUCAUCGCCUCAGCCGCGCUGGAAAACGACAAGACGAUUAAGCUCUGGAAGAGCGACUGCUAGGCCGCGGGAGCCGUGGAGGACUGUCAGGAGGGCGGCGCAGAUUGGCAAGCGGGAGGCGUCUCAGAGGGCUCCCCUCGGUCCGGGCCCUGGGGGUCGGGGAGGGGCUGCAUUUGAGCCGCCUCUGAAGACGAUUUGGCUGAGGGGAGUGUCGACCACCAGAAAGUUCUAGAAGUUGCUGGUGACAUUUCUUGCCAAUUCCUCUCACACUGUCUGGAGGAGAGUUCCUAGUCUGUAUUGUGUUCAAACUGAGUCAACAAGAAUUUUUAAUUUUCUAUUACAAAGGGUGAAGUUCAAUUUAUCAUGAGUCGUGUUUUUUUCCAGUAAACGUUCUGUACCUUUUUUGCUAUUUUAUUCCCCAGUGCAAGCGCUGUGACCAGUGGCCACACGGCCUCUCCCACCGGCCUCCGUGGUCGGGCCCCUUGUCUGCCUGUAGAUGCUCUAGCAAUGUGGCUCCCACUGUCGCCAGUUCUUGCCGGUGGUGUUUCCUGGUGUGUCUGUAAGGUGGUUCCGUGCAAAAGGCCCCUCGCGUGUGGGAGUCCGCAGCCCCUGUGCUGAGGGCUGGUGGUGGCGCGUGCUAGUUCCUGUCUGUGUCGCGGUGUUCGCAUGGCAGCAGCCGGGCCGUAAUAAAGGUGGGAUUUGCACAGUCGUGGCCACUGGGUGCUCACGCAGAGCUUGUCUGUUCUUGGCAUUUGUAUGGAAAGUCUCACAAUUGGCAGCAGGUUGAAAGGCUUUUUCUCAGACAGAUUCUCGGAAUGAUGGUCUGCCUCCCGCCUUGUGCCAAGAGGCCCGGAGCCCAAGGAGGACGAGACCCCGUGGGUCACGGUGUGUACCUGCGGGCCAGGAGGUGACUCUAGGGGAACAAGGUGGACGUUCUUAGCUGAAAAGGAGCCAGCGGCCCUGGAGUGUCCUGCGCCAUGUUGCAGACAGCUGUUUCCUGUGCCCGUGAAGGCUGGGAUGCGGGAGGGCCCCCGGUGGUGGGCUCCGGUCUGAGGGGCACAGGCUGGUGCCCGUCCCCGUUGCCGACCUCAGGGCUGGCGGCUUCUUGGAGCCUUCGGAGGGUCUGGGACGUGGGUGUCGUCCCCUGGCCCUGCCCACCUGGCUAGCCCUGCCCACCCGGCCAGCCCUGCCUGCUGCAAGAGGGGCCUCUUCAGCAGUGUGGCCUCCGAGGGGGGCGCGGGGGUGGGGCUAGACUGCUGCCAGGCCCCGGGGACCCCUCCGUGCAGGAGGGCCACCUGGGGUUCAAGCCCGAUCUGCCAGCACCGAGACCUUUGUGGUGGAGUAGGUGUGUUGCCUGCCUGCUGCCGAGCAGGCACGGCUCUGGCUUUGCAGGUAGCACGUGGCUGUAGUCUGAGGCCCAGCCUGGAGCUCAGCCCUCGCUGCCUUCCGGGGGUCCCGGGUGCCGAGCCAGGGGACGAAUCCUGUGCGGCCUUCAGGUGGACGGGGCCGGCGGAGGAAGCGGGGGCUGCCCGCGGCUCACGGGGAGUAUGACAGUUAGAAAGGCAUGUGGGAAGGAGCCUCCUGCAGCCCGGCCCCUCCUGUGGAAGCAGACGUACCAGUGGGGUCUCCGUUCUAGAAGCGCUAACACUCGGGCCGGGGCCGUGGUGCAGCGCAUCGGUGGAAAACGCCGUGCCACGUGCCGGCGUCAGGGCUGGCCCGGCUCUGCUCACGGCUGCCGAGGGGCUGGCAGCGCGUUGGUUCAGGGUUACAGCUCGCCCGGGACGGGGCGCCGUGUGUGCCGAGCCGAGUCCUUGAAUAGAGUUUAUUUUUUCUAUAUUUGAAUUCUCUGUUGUAGAUUUGUGUAAAGGUACAUUCUCUUUUUGAAAAUAAAGAUUUUCAUGUCUUGUAA